GAGUCCACCCACACGCGCUCCUCUCGCAUCUCCGAGCCCCCCCCGACAGGCGACAGGCACCGGUCGCCGCCGGCGCCGCGGCCACUAGGGACUCGCACGGCGCGUCGCGCCCAGCUACUGCGGCAAAGUCAGCGGAGCAGACUACCACCGGCCGCUCGUCUAAUCAGGCGCCUCUGCCGGUGCUGUCAGCUGGUUCCCUUCCGUCUUUCGGCUUGGCUUUCGGGGAUUGGGGAUCCGGCACAUCACCGCCGGAAAGGGCUAGCCAGCCAUGGCGGCGAGGCAGCCGGCGCCGUCGUCCGCCUCCGCGCAGCCCGCGGCAGGGCUCUCCAUGAAGGAGUACCUCAAGAGGUACCAGUCGGGCGCGGGCGCCGACGGGGACCAGAAGAAGGCGAAGAAGAAGACGAAGAAGAAGCCCAAGCCCGCCGCCACCGGGGGAGGCGGCGGGGUGCUCAUCGUCGACGAGGACCCUGUCUGGCAGAAGCCCGUGCAGGUGGAGGACGACGAGCCCGCGUCGUCAGGUGACGACAGGCCUCUGGUGGACGAGGACAUCGAGGUCAAGCGGAUGCGGCGCCUGGAGGCGAUACGCGCGGCGCGGCCGUACAACGCCAUCGCGGAGGAUGGCAGCGGGUGGGUCACCGUGGCCGCCCCGGAGGAGCAGGGUGGUGGUGGGGUGGCCCGCCGCCGCAGGAACGACACGCCGUCGCCGGAGCGGGGAGGUGCUGGGAGGAAGGACCUCUCUCCUCCGCGGCGGCGGCAGCGGCGCGACACACCGUCGCCUGAGCCUGGAGAUGCUGCUGGGAGGGAUAUGUCGCCACCGAGGAUGAGGCGGAGGCGCCAGGACACGCCGUCACCAAAGGGAAAUGGCGCGGCUGAUCAGGAUGAUAUGUCACCGCCACGGAAGUCUAGGCGGCAAGAAGACUCCUCGCCACCAAGGAGACGUGCUCGCAAUGACUCCGAGGAGCCCCAGGACCUCGAGCUGCCAAGGAGGCGUGUGAGACAUGAUUCAGAGGAUCCUCAGGACCUCUCGCUGCCACGGAGGCGUAGACAUGAUUCGGAGGAGCCCCAGGACAUGCUGCCACCACGGAGGCGCACGAGGCAUGAUUCCGAGGAGCCUCAGGACAUGUCGCCACCACGGAGGCGCAUGAGGCAUGAUUCCGAGGAGCCUCAGGACAUGUCGCCACCACGAAGGCGCAUGAGGCAUGACUCAAAGGAGCCCAAAGACACAUCCCCACCUCGGCGACCGACAUGGCAUGACUCAGUGGUGCCAAAAGAUUUGUCACCACCACGAAGGAGGAAGCACCAGGACGCUACAAAGGUGGAUGAUCUGUCGCCUCCAAGAAGGAGAAAUUUGGGGCGAAGUCCAGAGGAUGGGGACAUUUUUCCACCAAGGAAGGGUCGCAAAUUUGCAUCAGAUGAUUUAUCUCCUCCUCGUAAGGAGAGAGAUCUUUCUCCCCCAAGGAAGGGUAAAAAGGAAGGAGCCCCAAAACAGGCGAGGAAAGCUGGACUGAUGACAGCAGAGGAAGUUAAAGAGGACAUCAGAAAGAUCAAGGAGGAUGAGAUGCUCAUGUUCGCAGGGCAGGAUCCCUCAUUGGUCGGGAAAGGGGCAAAGGCUGUAUUCCGAGAUAAGGAAGGGAAGCGGAUAAGUGAAGAAGAGAUGCUCAAGGCAAAGGACUCUGCGAAGCCGAAGGAAAUACAUAUAGAAUGGGGUAAAGGAUUGGUGCAGAAACGAGAAGCUGAGGCUAGAGUAAAAGAGCUUGAAGCUGAGAAGAGUAAACCAUUUGCUCGAACAAGAGAUGAUCCUGAGCUUGAUGCUAUGCUGAAAGAUAGAAUCCGAUGGGGUGAUCCUAUGGCUCAUCUUGUCAAGCACAAAGAUCCAGAAUAUCUUCUUGAAGACUUAGGAGAUGACGAGAAGAUGAAAGAAUCUGGCUUCAUAGUUCCCCAAAAUAUACCUAUCCACAGUUGGCUGAAGCGUAGAGUGGAUCCUCCUCCAAAUCGUUAUGGCAUAAAACCUGGUCGUCAUUGGGAUGGCGUGGAUCGCAGUAAUGGAUUUGAGAAGGACAUGUUCAAGCUAAAGAAUGAGAAGCAAGCUAUGGAGCAAGAGGCUUAUCUUUGGUCCGUCUCAGAUAUGUGAGCCCGACUGCUGUUCCAACUUCCAAGACAUGAAUUGUGCAAAGGGGACUACAUUGUGGUCGAAAGGAAGAAAACUCUUCAAACGGUUCUUUCACAAAAUGUCAAGCUAGUGAUGCUGUGCUGGAGUAGCUCGAAUAUCUCUUUGUUACGUAUUUGUUGAAAAUCUAGUUCGCAUCCACAUUUUGUAAUGGCUUUGCAUUUUGUAUUGUGAACGUACAUAUUGCAAAGACGCAUUUUGGUGUAACAUAUGAGACUUUAGAUGGGUCAUGGCGCUGGCUGCCCAUUCGGUGAGAUGAGAUGAGAUGUUGUUCGACAUA